AUGCGCGAGGGAUGCUGCGGCGACGGUGCUCCUUUUUGCGAUAAGGAGCGCGAGUUCUCCAUGGAUGGGGAGGAAAUCGAAGGGGCACGUCGUAAAGCGGCAGACGCCCACACAACUGCUGCGUGUCUGCGAACAAAACUAAAAAUAAGAGCGUACCCCUUCUUUGUGUUUUGUUUUUAUAUGAACUGUUUUGGAACGCACGACAUGGCAGUUCCUCAGAUGGACGGCAACAAGCCUCACAUGCAAGCACGACAUUUGCAGAGGGAGAAACAAGACGAAACGAACGAGGAGCCAACGAUUUAUAAAUUUGCACAUGGGAGCUGA